CGUAUUCUGGAGUAUAUCUACUACCAUGGGCCUUGUAGAAAAAAUGCGACAUAAACUUGACCUCCACAAACUGGACCAAUACACGAAACGUCGACGAUCACAGUCCCAGUUUGAGUCGCACGAUAGAAGCUAUUAUGAGGCAGCCUACCACGAUGGCGAUUAUCUCGACCCUACAGACUCCAAUAGUCCUACUUCCAACCGAAAUCACCCUUCACUUUCUUAUAAAUCGAAUGGGUGGUCUAUUACAGAUGUUUUCAAGAAGAACAAGAGUACGGCUGGUCCAAAUAUUCACUUGAAAACAUCCGAAACAUAUACCUAUGGCAGACCUUCCUGAUUACAAUAUAUAUAUAUAUAACUUGUGCUGUAUAAAUACCAACAGACAAAUAUCUUGCUUUUGAAUAGAGAGAUACACAUUUAUAAAACGAUAAUAAAAAAUCCCUUGUUGACGUCGUUUCUAUCCAUCAU